AUGGCUAGUUUGCACAGGGAUGCGUUAUAUCUAUGGAUACUUGGCUCUUUUUGGAGAACUGUGGAAGCUAUUCACCCGGACUGCGCCAUCAUCUCGCAGCACAUGAAGGCUCAGGAACUCUGCAUUCAGACCAAGAAGAAAGAGAGCAAGAACCAGACAGAACCACAGGGAUGCAAGACUGAAUGGGACGAGAUCCGCUGCUGGAUCAGAGCCGACGUCGGCCAGGUGGUUAACGUGUCCUGUUCGGAAGUUUUUCUGCACUUUUCCAGUAAGCCAGGUUACAUCUACAGGAACUGCACAGCAGAAGGCUGGAGUGACCUGUACCCACCUUAUGAGAAAGCCUGUGAGUUUGGAAAUGACACAGAACCUGAAUCUAAGACAACCUACUUCUCAACUUUUAAGCAGGUGUACACAGCAGGGUACGCCACAUCCCUGAUAUCUCUCAUAACAGCUAUUUUAGUCUUCACUUUCUUCAGGAAGUUCCACUGUACCAGAAACUACAUACACAUCAACCUCUUUUCCUCAUUUAUUCUCCGAGCCAGUGCAGUUUUCAUCAAAGAUGCUGUUCUUUUCUCAGACGAGUCUCUGGAUCACUGCUUCAUGUCCACAGUAGCCUGCAAAUCUGUUGUAGCUUUCUUCCAGUUCAGCAUCCUGGCUAAUUACUUCUGGUUGCUGGUGGAGGGCAUGUACCUGCAGACUCUGCUGGCUUUCUCCUUCAUCUCACAGAGGAAGUACUUCUGGUGGUACAUUCUGACUGGAUGGGGUGUGCCAUCAGUUGUCCUUAUUGUUUGGGUUUUGGCACGAAGUUACCAUGACAACAGUGGAUGCUGGGAUGACACGGAUAACGUCGGCGUCUGGUGGAUAAUCAAAGGUCCAAUAACAGCAUCGUUGUUUGCCAACAUAAUCAUCUUCCUGAAUGUGAUCCGGAUCCUCGUGGAUAAGCUCAAGUUUCCCGGAGUAGGAGGCAAUGACACCGGACAAUUCAUGAGGUUGGCUAAGUCCACUUUGUUCUUGAUCCCUCUGUUUGGGAUGCACUACACUGUGUUCGCCUUCUUGCCAGAAAACACAGGCGAAACAGUGAGACUCUACAUCGAGCUUGGUCUUGGCUCCUUCCAGGGUUUUGUGGUUGCUUUGCUCUACUGCUUCCUCAAUGGAGAGGUGCAGGCUGAGCUGAAGAGGAGCUUGUGGAAAUGGCAGACCCAGAAUCAGCUCAGCCCUGGUAAAAAGCGCCGCAUCACCGUCACUCAGAUUAGCGUCAUGGACAGGGCUGAACCGCCAUCGCAGUCGCAUUCCACUUCCAUGAAAAUCACGUCCUUGUAA